UGUGGCAGGAGCAGCAAUGGUCCCUCCUGGGAAAGGAAGCCAUUCGAACUUGAACUUGGAGUUUCCUUCUUCUGCUGAUUCUUGAGGCCUAGGAGGGCACCUCUAGCAGAAUUCAGAGAUCAAUAAUGUCCCUGUAUUGUGGAAUAGCAUGCAGGAGAAAAUCUUCUUGGUGCUAUAGGCUGCUGUCAACCUAUGUAACUAAGACACGGUAUUUAUUUGAACUGAAAGAAGAUGAUGAUGCUUGUAAAAAGGCCCAGCAGACAGGCACAUUUUACCUCUUUCAUAGUCUCGCUCCUUUGCUUCAGACAUCAACAAAUCAAUACCUGGCCCCGCGGCAUAGCCUAUCAGAACUGGAAAGACUCCUGAGUAAGUUUGGACAGGACUCACAAAGAUUAGAAGAUUCUGUGCUGAUUGGAUGCUCUGAACAACAUGAAGCAUGGUUUGCUCUGGAUCUAGGUCUGAAUAGCUCCUCGUCCUUUGGUGCCUCCUUACAGAAACUUGAAAUGGAAACAGAGCUCCAGGGAUCUUUCAUUGAGAUGAGGAAGGCUCUUUUUCAGCUGAAUGCAAAGGAUGCCUCCUUGUUAUCCAUGGCUCAGGCUCUUCUCCGUUGGCAUGAUGCUCAUCAGUUCUGCAGCAGAAGUGGGCAGCCCACCAAGAAGAACAUGGCUGGCAGCAAGCGUGUGUGCCCUUCCAGUAAGAUCAUCUAUUAUCCUCAGAUGGCGCCUGUGGUGAUCACUCUGGUGUCAGAUGGUACGCGAUGCCUGCUUGCCCGCCAGAGCUCCUUUCCCAGGGGAAUGUAUUCUGCCUUGGCAGGUUUUUGUGAUAUAGGUGAAAGUCUGGAAGAGGCUGUCCGGCGGGAAGUUGCAGAAGAAGUGGGAUUGGAGGUGGACAAACUGCAGUACUCGGCAUCCCAGCACUGGCCCUUUCCCAAUAGCUCACUCAUGAUUGGGUGUCACGCAACUGUGAAACCAGGGCAGACAGAGAUCCAUGUAAACUUGAGAGAACUAGAGGCAGCUGCCUGGUUCAGUUGUGAAGAGGUGGCCACUGCCCUGAGGAGAAAGGGCCCCUAUAGUCAGCAAGAGAAUGGGACUUUCCCAUUCUGGGUACCUCCCAAGUUAGCCAUUGCUCACCAACUGAUUAAAGAAUGGGUAGAAAAACAGACCUGUUCUUCCCUGCCUGUUUAGCCCAGAUCAAACUAGCUCAAUAACUCCUUGGUAUCCCAACGGGCAUACCAGAGAUGAGCGGACAAACAGAAGUGAUGAAAGGCCAGCUACAGGCCAACCUCAUAAGGCAGAGCAGAAGAUGAGCCUACAGAAAGCACCUUUAUCAGCAAUGUUGAAAGAAGUUCUUCCGGGUGGAUAAUCCAAGAUGACAGUGUGAGAAGAAAAACCAAUGAGAUGUGAACUAUCAAGAUCAGAAAGAAGGAUGAAGCAUUAGUUUGGAUGUAGGCCCAUAUUAACCCAUUUUCUCCAAGGCCUUGAGAGUGAACAUCUUGCAUGUGGCUUGCUAAUGGUGUGUUUAUACUAACUGCCAAAAUAAGCCUGGUGUAAUUUUGGCUAAAACUUUUAUCUUAAUAAUGAAAAUAUAGAACAAAUCUCAAGCGACUGCUGAGUUUUUAUCCUCACUGAAUUAAAAAAAUAGUAUAGCAUAAUAUUUCUGAAUGGUAUACACGUAUAGUCUUGUACAUGGUGAAUACAGCGUAUUUCUUUAAUUUUAAGGAAUGAGAAAAAGGAAGGCUAAGGAACUUUGCAAUAAAUCAGAUGCAAUAAGGUUCUGUUGAGGCAGCUGAAUUUUGGUGGGACUCAAAGGAUGUAAUGAGGUAUGUUUAAGCCAUUCUGAGUGUCUUUUUGGCAGGUCCCAGCCCUGUUACUUGCCCCGUUUGUGAGCCAGAGAAAAGACUAUCACUUUGUCAUGCUCUAUUUCCUAAAUGUCAAGUAAUCACUGGCAUGUGCAUACCCAGUAAGUGUUAAUUAACUUCAUUGAAGGGAUUAGUGAAGGUAAAUAAUGCCAAACCUGAACCAUUUCUUGUACUUUUUUUUUUUUUAAGAGAGGACACAUAU